GGGCUCUAACUCUGUACCUCUCCCGCCACCAUGUCGUCUGAAGACAUCGCAGAAGAGAUCCGGAACACCCUCCCGGGGACGGAGGAGAUCAUCGUGCAGUACCUCGCGGGGUACCUCGUCGACGACGCGUGCGAGGAUGAGGAUGUGCUCCUCAUCGCGCGCGAGAUCCUCGCGUCCGUCGCGCGGGGCAAGGAGGACGCGCUGCAGCGGCUCAUGACGCGCCUCGGGGACCUGAUGGAGGAUACGCUGAGGGCGCGGGAGGCGAAGAAGGCGAGCGCGAGCGGGUCGACGCUCGUGAAGUUGGAUAAGGCGGUCGAGAUGAGCAAGACGGGUGCGAUGUCGGGCACGAUCGCGCUCUCGGAGGGGGUGGAUUUGGAGAGUAUUAAUAAGGGGAAAGCCUCGAAGGUCGAUAUCAAGAAAUUGGAGAAACAGGAAGCUAAGCUCAAAGCCAAGAUCGAGAAGCGUUCCCGCAGAGAUCUCUAUGAAGGCUCCAAACUCCUGGACCAGCAGCGGAAGCAGCAAACGUACGAGGAGAUGUUCAUGAAGGUGAACCCGCUCGAGUCGGCCGCUGCCGCGAAGAACAAGAGCAAGGACAUUCAUCUCCCGAAUAUUGACGUCAACUUUGGCUCCAACCGGAUUUUAUCCGGUGCAAGUCUUACUCUCGCCCAUGGUAGAAGGUACGGUCUGAUCGGUCGCAAUGGUGUUGGUAAAUCGACAUUGCUACGGCAUAUUGCUAUGCGAGAAGUACCCAUUCCGGCCCAUAUUACGAUCCUUUUCGUCGAGCAAGAGGUCAUGGGCGACGACACCACAGCUCUCGACUCGGUCCUCAAAGCAGACGUCUGGCGGGACCACCUCAUGAAGCAGGAAGCAGAGCUAAACGCGAAGCUUACUGAACUAGAAUCAGAGGGGGACGACAAGCGGUUUGAGGAUGCACGGGAAGAGACGUCAACGCGCUUAGCGGAAGUCCACGCGCGGUUGGCUGAGAUGGAGGCUGAGACCGGCCCUUCGAGGGCUGCCGCUCUGCUGGCAGGUCUGGGCUUCAGCGAGGAGGACCAAAAACGCACAACAAAGUCAUUCAGUGGAGGCUGGCGUAUGCGGCUUGCUCUCGCCAGAGCCUUGUUCGUGAAGCCUGCCCUUCUUUUACUGGACGAGCCGACAAAUCACAUUGAUCUGAACGCUUUGGCAUGGCUCGAAGACUAUCUACAGACGUGGCCAGGAACCCUCCUCGUCGUGUCUCAUGACCGUGCUUUCUUAGACGCUGUCGCAACGGAUAUUGUGCACAUGCACUCAGGCCGACUCGAUUACUUCAAGGGGAACUUCACCCAGUUUUAUGCGACUAAGUCUGAGCGCGAUCGGAACCUGCGCAAGGAGUACGACGCGCAGAUGGAGUACCGUAAGCAUUUGCAGGCGUUCAUCGAUAGGUGGAGAUACAAUGCGAAUCGGGCUGCUCAGGCUCAAAUGAAAAUCAAGAUCCUGGAGAAGCUACCCGAUCUUCAACCUCCAGAGGAAGAAGAGAAGGAGAAGUUCCGCUUCCCAGAGACAGAGAAAAUCUCGCCGCCAUUACUCCAGCUGAACGAAGUCUCGUUUGGUUACACGCCGGACAAAGUUAUCUUGAAAGGCAUCAACUUUGAUGUCGGGCUGGACUCGCGUAUCGCUAUAGUCGGUGCCAACGGUGCUGGAAAAUCCACCCUUAUCAAGCUCUUGACUGGAGAGCUACAACCACUAGCCGGUCAUCUUACUCGUAACGGGCGACUCCGCGUGGGAUACUUCGCUCAGCACCACGUUGACACGCUCACUCCGACCAUGACUCCGGUCCAAUUCUUAGCCUCCAGGUUCCCUGGAAAGACGGAGCAAGAGUACCGAUCCCAUCUUGGUAACUUCCAAAUCAGCGGGAUGACAGGUCUGCAGUUGAUUGGGACAUUGAGUGGAGGUCAGAAGUCGCGUGUGGCUUUCUCCCUCUUGUCAUUACAAAGACCUCAUGUGUUGCUGCUGGAUGAGCCUACUAACCACCUGGAUAUGGAGGGUCUGGACGCCUUGGUCGCUGCAUUGACAAGUUGGAAUGGAGGUGUAAUCAUCAUCUCUCACGACGAACGGUUCAUUACCAGCGUAGCCAAAGAGCUUUGGGUGUGUGGCGACGGGACCGUACGGAAAUUCCCAGGUGAUGUACAGAGCUACAAGAAACUCAUCGUCAGCAAUGUCAAAGCGAAGCCGUGAGACGGUUAGGUCCAUUCUUUGUCACAUCACAUUGAUUACAAUGUUCGUAUCGGAGAUAUCAUCACGACCCUGUUGUAUACAUCACGAUUAUCCAUCACAAACAUAAGGCUCCCGGAGUAGAAUUACAUGUCGAACAAGGAAUAGCACAUCAAAAGCGCAAGCUACCG